AUGGGAGUUUCGGGCCUUUGGAACGUCCUUGAACCUGUGAAAAGACCCGUAAAGCUUGAGACUCUCAAUGACAAGAGACUAGCAGUCGAUGCAUCUAUCUGGAUAUACCAGUUUUUAAAAGCCGUACGUGAUAAAGAGGGGAAUCAGUUAAAAAGUAGCCAUAUCGUUGGGUUCUUUCGAAGAAUAUGUAAAUUACUUUUCUUUGGUAUCAAGCCCAUCUUUGUUUUUGAUGGAGGCGCGCCUGUUCUAAAGCGUCAAACUUUAAGGAAGCGUCAAGCAAGACGAGUCGACAGGCAAGAAAAUGCAGCUUUAACGGCCAACAAAAUUUACGCCCUACAAAUGAGGCAUCAGGCCAUGCGCCUUGAAGAAGAAAGUCGAAAGGCAGAAGUUGAAGUAGACACUUCUUUACAGGCAAAAAAUCAAAAACUGUCUUCAAUGUCCUUGGAUAAUAACGAUGUAAAGCCUGUCUUAAAUAACCAGAAAAAGUAUCUUAAACCAGAUCCUUACCAAUUGCCAGAGAUGGACGUUUCUUUUGACAAUUUAAACAACGCUCAUGACCCCCGUGUCAUGUCACAAGAAGAAUUAACUAAUUAUGCGAUGAACUUUGGUGAUAUAGAGGAUGUUAACUUAUUUGAUUUUUCAAGUAUUGAUUUUGAUUCAAGCAUGUUUCGGUCCCUCCCAGAUACGGAUAAAUAUAGCAUUCUUAGUGCAGCCCGGCUUCGGUCACGUUUCAGAAUGGGUCUUAGUACCGACCAAUUGGCAGAAAUGUUUCCAAAUCGCAUGGAUUUCUCUCGCUUUCAAAUUGAACGAUUAAAAGAAAGAAAUGAUUUAACUCAACGACUCAUGGACUUUACUGGCAUGAACCAAUUUGGGCCGGGCCGAGUUGCAGGCGAGAAGAAUAGAGAGUAUAUUUUGGUUAAGAACGAAGGUGCCGAGGGUGGUUGGGCCCUAGGCGUUAUUUCUGGAACAGCAAAGAAUGAUCCUAUUGUCAUUGACGAAGAUGCGGUCAAAUUAAGCAGUACAAUGGGCGAAGAUGACGAUGAAGCAGAGUUUGAUGAUGUGCCACUUCCCGAAACGCAGAAACAAAUGAAUCCUAGAGAAUUGGUAGCAGCAAAAUUGAGGGAGGUGAGAGAGCGCUCAUUUGAAGAGGAGGAUGACUCAGAAAAUAAAGAGAUUGAUGAGAUCAUGACACAGCUAGCUACUCAUGAAUCAAUUGAAUCCUAUAAUCGCGAUGGAACUACAAACUUAUUUAACCUUUCUACAGAAGAUAUAGACAACAUUCGACGGGAGGUAGAAACGAAUGAAGAUAAAAAGCCUAAGGAUGUUGUCUUUUUAGAAAAAAAAGGUAAAUCAGAAAGCCCUGAACGUAAGCUUGUCGAAGAUGACAACACAACAAAUGUGCCCCAGAAAGUUGAACCCAAAGAAUCGAUUUUUAUGGAUGAUUUACCAACGUUCGAUAACAAAGAAAGUGAUCAUGCUUUAGGACCAUUACCUUUUAAAGAAAUGGACUGGGGAAAAUCUUUGUUUUUCUCAGGUAUUAAAGACAAAUCAUUAUCAUCAGAGCAAGGCAGUGUGAAUUCAGUAAAGAAGAGUACGGAAUCUGAACCGGUUUUGGGACAAGCGCUUAACUUGGAAGCGACUUCGCAUAAAAGUGAUAUUGAAAAUGAAAGCGUUGACAACUUGUUAGUACCCAACAAUCAGCAGUUUGAUAAGGGAUUAAAAGAACAGCACCCAACCGAUCAGCAAGUUGAAAAGUCGUUUGGGACUAUUUGUAAUGACGCUGUACCUAUUAAGGAAGAGUCACCAACCCUAGAUUCAGCCAUUUCUUCUUCGCUCGAGAAUAAGGGUCUUAAGAGGUCUUCUCCUUUACUAAUAAAAGUGAAUGAGGGAGAUUAUCGUCAUGAGUAUGCAAAGAAAGAGGCAUCUCAUGGAGAUUUUGAACUAAAAGCAAUAUCUACAAUGACUGAUAAUAAAAAUGAAGCUGAUGAGAAGGAAGAUUUUGCUAAAAUGAAUAAGGAAGAUCAUUCCAUCGAGCAUAUAAAUAUUCCUGAAGAAUUGUCCGACUUUAAUUCCAAAGAAGAAACAAGAACCGAUAUGGCUGAAAAUAACAAUGACGUUGUUGAAAAGGAAGGUCAUGCCAAAAUGGAUAAGGAAGUUUAUUCCAAUGAGCAUACAGAUAGUUCCCAAAAUUUGGCUGACAAUAAUUCCGAACAAAAAGCGACCCAUAAGCAUUCAAUGGACGGAAUAACUGGUGAAGAAGAAGAUGAUAACUUGGAAGUUGCGCAGAAUUUAAUGGACGAAGAAGAAGAUGAUAUGAUGAUUCGCAUGGCUGAGGAAGAAAAGGAAUACGAUCGAUUUGUAUCUGAAUUGAAUAAGAAAAACACUGAUUCCAAUUGGGAUCAGGAAGCUUUCGAAAAGAGAAUUCAAGAACUUAAAGUUCAAAAACGGACAGAAAAGCGUGACGCUGAUGAAGUGACUCAAAUGAUGAUUCGAGAAUGUCAAGAGCUACUUAGACUUUUUGGUUUGCCUUAUAUUAUUGCGCCUCAAGAAGCUGAAGCUCAAUGUGCAAAAUUGCUUGAAUUGAAAUUGGUUGAUGGUAUCGUCACGGAUGAUUCAGAUGUUUUUCUUUUUGGAGGAACCAGGAUCUAUCGUAAUAUGUUUAAUCAAAAUAAGUUUGUAGAAUUAUACUUGAUGGACGAUAUGAAGCGAGAGUUUAAUGUUGAUCAAACAAAGCUUAUACGACUUGCUCAUUUACUAGGAAGUGACUACACACUGGGAUUAGCGAAGGUCGGUCCAGUAUUGGCUUUGGAAAUUUUGCGUGAAUUUCCAGGUGAAACUGGCUUGUUUGAAUUCAAGCAGUGGUUCCAACGACUGUCAACUGGGCAAGCAACCAAGGAAGACCUGGGUACACCUGUCAAGAGACGUAUCAGCAAAUUACUAGGAAAAGUAGUUAUUCCUCCAGAUUUUCCAAAUCCAAUGGUUGAUGAAGCGUAUUUGAAACCGAACGUUGAUGAAAGCAAACAGAAAUUUCAAUGGGGGAUCCCUGAUUUAGAUGAGUUGAGACAAUUUUUGAUGGCAACCGUGGGCUGGUCGAAACAAAGGGCGAAUGAAGUACUUCUUCCAAUUAUUCAAGAUAUUAAUAGAAAAGAAUUUGAGGGAACACAAUCAAACUUGACACAGUUUUUCUCAGGCGGGAACGUUUUUGCUCCUAGAGUUGCUUAUCAAUUUCGAAGCAAACGAAUGGAACAUGCUCUUUCAUCUUUUCGACCAGACCAACCAGACCAAAAUGAACGAGAUUUGUCAACUUCUUUAGGAAUUACAGAUGUCGAUGCAAACGAGGAAAGUGAACAAAAUCAAAUGUCUGAUCCUUUGAAACAAAGGAUCGCUAAGAGGAAAAGAAUGAUGCAAAGCCGAAGAGAUUCCGACUCCGAAUCAAGUUCUGAGGAUGAAAUAUCGUCGUCUUCACUUAGCGCACUUUCUGAGCAAAACAAGGCGUCUGCUCCAUUAAAAACUGAACUUUCUACCAAGUUAACUAAAAAAACUUCUAGAGUACGUAAGCGUCAAUAA